AUGGAUCGUGGGUCUGUACAUACCCUUCACGUCUUCCCCCAGGAGGAAGGGGAGGACACCAACCUCCAGGUUCAGAAACAGCUUGAGACCUUCAUUCUUGAGUUCAGGCUCGACAACGUCUUCGUCUACAGAGACCAGUUGCGCGAGAAUGCGCUCCUUCAAAAAUACUACUGCGACGUCAACAUUGGCGACCUGAUCAAAUACAACGAGGAGUUGGCGCAUCGACUGGUCACAGAGCCAGCAGAGAUAAUACCAUUGUUUGAGAAUGCGCUGCGCAAAUGUACGCAAAGAAUUGUCUUCCCUCACGAAGCAAAGAUCAGCCUCCCGCCGCACCAACUUCUACUGCACUCCAACGCCGAAGAUGUGUCUAUCCGAAACCUGGACUCCCUCACGAUAUCUCGACUUGUGCGGGUGCCCGGAAUUGUCAUUGGUGCCUCUGUCAUGUCAUCCAAGGCGACUGAGCUGCACCUCUCCUGCCGGAACUGCGGCUACACCCAGCUCAUAGGCAUCGAUGGUGGCUUCUCGGGCGUGACUUUGCCCAGGAGGUGUGGCAGGCAAAGGCAAAAGGGCGAUCCAACGGACCCGUGUCCCCUCGACCCCUACUUCGUCGUCCACGAGAACUCGAAGUUCGUCGACCAACAAGUCAUUAAGCUGCAGGAGGCGCCCGAUCAGGUACCUGUUGGAGAGCUGCCACGGCAUGUGCUCAUCUCUGCUGAUCGAUACUUGACCAACCGCGUUGUACCCGGAUCAAGAUGUACUGUUAUGGGCAUCUUCUCGAUCUACCAGAACAAGGGCAGCAAGAAUUCAUCCACAGGUGGCGCCGUUGCCAUCCGCACACCGUAUCUCCGAGCUACCGGAAUCCAAACGGAUAUUGACCAGACCGCAAAGGGUCAUUCCAUUUUCUCCGAGGAGGAAGAGCAGGAGUUCUUGGAGCUCAGCAGGAGGCCGGAUCUUUACCAGGUCAUGGCGAGGUGCAUCGCGCCAUCCAUCUAUGGAAACGACGACAUCAAGAAGGCAAUCCUGUGCCUGCUUUGUGGCGGCUCGAAAAAGAUCCUACCUGAUGGAAUGAAGCUCAGAGGUGACAUCAACGUCCUCCUUCUUGGUGACCCUGGUACCGCGAAAUCGCAACUGCUGAAGUUCGUCGAGAAGGCUGCUCCUAUCUGUAUCUACACUUCAGGAAAGGGCUCGUCGGCAGCCGGUCUGACUGCCUCCGUGCAGCGAGACCAGUCCACUAGGGAGUUCUACCUGGAGGGUGGUGCCAUGGUGCUUGCAGACGGUGGCGUCGUAUGUAUCGACGAGUUCGACAAGAUGCGUGACGAAGACAGAGUUGCUAUCCACGAGGCCAUGGAGCAACAGACCAUCUCGAUCGCCAAGGCAGGCAUAACCACUAUCCUGAACGCGCGGACUUCUGUCCUGGCCGCUGCCAACCCCAUCUUUGGCCGCUACGACGACAUGAAGACCCCCGGCGAGAACAUCGACUUCCAAACGACUAUCCUUUCCCGUUUCGACAUGAUCUUCAUCGUCAAGGAUGCGCACGAGCGCGGCCGUGACGAGAGCAUCGCAAAGCACGUCAUGGGCAUCCACAAGGGCAGCACCGCAGCCGAGGCUGAAGUCGAGUCUGAGAUCCCUGUGGAGACAAUGAAGCGGUACCUGAGCUACUGCAAAUCACGCUGCGCGCCCCGCCUCAGCCCAGAGGCGGCAGAGAAGCUGUCGUCGCACUUCGUGCAGAUCCGCAAGCAGGUGCACGCGUCGGAGCUCGAGGCCAACACGCGGUCGUCGAUCCCGAUCACGGUGCGGCAGCUGGAGGCGAUCGUGCGCAUCACCGAGUCGCUGGCGAAGCUGACGCUGUCGCCGAUCGCGACCGAGGCGCACGUGGACGAGGCGAUCCGCCUGUUCCUGUGCUCGACCAUGGACGCCGUCAACCAGGGCGGCGCGAACCAGGGCGGGCGCGAGCUCGGCGAGGAGGUCGCGCGCGUCGAGGCCGAGCUCAAGCGCCGCCUGCCCAUCGGCUGGAGCACCAGCCUCGCCACCCUCCGCAGGGAGAUGGUCGAGGGCAAGGGCUUCAGCGAGCAGGCGCUCAACCGCACGCUCAUGAUCAUGCAGAGGCGGGACACCAUCAUGUUCCGGAACCAGGGCGCGCAGGUCUACAGGAACGGGGCUUGA